AUGUCAUUGCCAUACUACGACACGCCAAUUCGCAAAGUGAAGUUUUCUCUCAACGAUUUGAUGAUGGCAAACGCUAAGACGCUCGAGCUUUAUAACGUUAUUCUUAACGCUAAAGACAUGAACCACUUUUUCAAAUUGUGGAUGAAAAAUAAAUGUAAUCCUCGACUGGAAUACUUAGAAGUGAGGAUAAACGGCAAUAUCAAUAACGAUUUCCUCCUGAAAGGAUUGAAAACAGUUCCAGUUCCCGUUGAAACAAAAAAAACAUUCCAAGUUUUGGGUAACGUACAACAGCUACGUUUGGAUGAGAAGAUUACCGCCGAAUUUGAUAUAACAAGAGUCGACGGGAGAACAGCAACAAUCAGAAUGUCAACUUUUGGAACAGUUUAUUUCUACGUUUGGCCAGAAUCUACUAAUCUUGAGCCAAUAUCUCGCGAUUCCAUCGAUCUCGUAGUGAAUUCCCACGAUAUUGAGAUGAGGAUUGCUGAUCUGACACUGCAUUUUUACGGAAACGUAUCGGAGACAGUUUGGAUGUCGCAUCGCAACAAAUUGGUUGAUUGGAAAAAUGCCGGGUUAUCGACUAAACAAUUGAUCCAGAGGGUUCUCGCAGUGACAAAGUGUACAUCUCUGAGAAAACUGAUACUCAGAGGGGAACCAGACUACGAUGUGUUCUCUAUUCUUGAUGUAGUUACUAAAGUUUCUUGCCUCCCAAUCCCCUCCAACUGUUCAAACACUUUUGCAACACAAGCACUGCAAGUUCUCUCGCCAGUCACUUCAGAGAUCACUUUGUUCAAACUUCCCUUUUCGAGCCGAGAAGAAUUCCAGAGACUUUGGAUGGGGAUUGUGGAAUGUUUGAGUGUCUACAACGAUGAUCUAUCAAGAUUUCAAUUCAAUAUUAAUGAUCUUCUAGCAUCGAACGCAAUCAAACUUGAGUUGUGCGAAGUCAAAAUGAGUCUGAGAGACCUCAACCGCUUCUUUUCUAGCUGGUUGAACAAUACAUCUAAUCAUCGGUUGAAUCAUCUAUCAGUGAAGUUACUUGGGCAUUUCAAUGAAGACGUUCUUCUGGAUGAACUAGAUGCUAUUCGGUUCACUGAAGAACGGACUAGAGAGUUCCGAUCAACCAGCACGUUUCCUAAAUUCAGAUAA